AUGUCAUUUCAAAGCAACCGCCUUCCUUUACUGCAUGGCAAUAUUGACUGAGGCCAGGUCUAGUGAAAGUAGGAGGCGAGUGCACCUAUGUAGUUACAAAGUUACUCAUUGACUUGUCCUUCGCAACAUGAUUGAGGUGAACGCACCCCUUUCAGCCUCCAUUUUAUAGCACAGGUGAAAACAAAUGUUCAGUGACAAUGCUGCUUCAAUGUGAGCUAUAAGGAAGAGGGUCAUAUCCGCACCUGAGUUUCAGGUACAUAUUGACCAGGCUGACCAGGAAGUAGGGAACCAUGGGGUCCUGGGGCCCCGGUCUGUGUGUGGUUUUGUGUUUCUGGGGAACAGUUAGUUGGAACACACUUCACGGUCACAUUGUUGGCCCGUGUACUGUCAAUACUGGCACGGCAUCAUUUAACUGCAGUUGGAGGAAACUGGCCCAUAUUCCAACAGAGAUAUGGAACAAUGCAACCACACUGGACCUCUCUCAGAACCACCUGAACCUUACUAACCCUCAACACCUCAGACAACUACAGAGGUUGGAUCAGCUGGUUAACCUAAAUCUCUCAGGAAACUACCUCCCUCUGCUGGAGAAAGGCCACUUCUGCAGCCUGCCCUUCCUGCAGAUACUAGACCUCAGUGGUUGCCAACUGACCUCCAUGGAGGCUGGAGCUCUGCAGGGUUUACCCAGGUUAGGGAAGCUGUUUCUGGGGCACAACAUACUGCAAGCCCCCCUGUCUGUCUCUGCUCAAACUAUAUCCUUCCUGGAUCUCAAUGGGAACCAAGAGCUUGACCAUGGCUCUGAUGAUACGUCAACAGAAAUUAGAAGACCAUUCCAUAGGAAACUGUUAGAGGUCAUUGAACAUCCCAGCCCAACUCCAGCUAACUCAAUGACUACAACUAAUGGCAGUGAGGAUGGUGGUCAGAGCCGUUUCUCCAAAAGCUGGCAGUACCUGGUAGCAGUACUGGUGUCAGCCAUCUCCCUCUCCCUCCUCAUCGCUGUCCUGGCCAAAUGCCAGCUGGUCCGCCGCUACCUGGCCAGUUACCGUCACACCCGGCUGAUCGAGGGGGACACAGCCAGCCAGUGUGACCCCAACAGCCUGGAGGUAGGCUUCUCUAUGCACAACCAUGGGGGACAGGCACGGAGCCCCCACCCUGCUGCUGUCCCCCAGGGAGAGAUGUACAUGGAGGAUGAGGAGGAUGAUGAUGAUGGCUUCAUAGAGGAUAACUACAUACAAGCCAGCGAGAGGGAGAGGGCUAAGAGGGCACUGGAACUGCAGGAGGAGGAGGAGGAGGAUGACAUGGUAUUUUCCAUUGGCUAGAAGAGGUGGAAUGGGAGGGGAGAGAGAAAUUAGAAAGAAAGACAGACAGACAUACAUACAGAGAGAGAGAGGUCACUGUAGCCAAUUUGGACACUGAUUAGGGCCAAUGCUGAUGUCAAAUAUAUGCAUGUUGUCAUGACGUUGGCCUGGGGGUAGGUUUAUGACAGUCAUAAAUACCUCUUCCCCCCAUUUUCCUCUCUCUACCCUACUGAUGUUACAUUUGCAAAACCCUUGGUUAACAGAGAUUCUGGGAAAAUCAGAAGGUGGGGGGAAAUGAACUAUAUUCUGGUAAUCUGACCAAUGGAACAUAUGCGGUGGUACUUAAUGAAUAUGAUGUCAGUUCGGUUGUCAUCUGAGACAUUCUCAUCAAUGAUAAGAUUACAUAAACUCUACAGUGGAAAGUCUACACAUCAGAGUUAUCGGAUUCACAUGGAAUUGUUGUUCAAUAUAGAUGUUUGAAUAUGAAAUUAUUUGUGAUGGGAUGAAAUGUGAUUUUAGCUUCUAAAAUGUGAGAUUUGGGUUUUCAUAAGGUAGGGCUCUGCUCAAUCAGUGGCCCGCCCCUGUGAAGGGACGUGGGCUAUAAAACUUAUCAAACAAGCCCUCCUCUCCCUUCCUAUAUAAAGCCUUGAUGACAAUAUAACCUCCUGUUCCGAGGAUGUGAGGACGGCGGUCUGAUGUCAGAAUGGUUCAGAUAAUAACUACAGAACGAAGCCAACAUCAGCAUGAGCUUUGGUUGCGAAUGGUAUGAACUUUGAACUCUUAUUCACUACAGAAGUGAUACCUCCUAGCCAUUGAGUUAGCAACAGCAGCUGCAAAUUCAUGUUAGGAAGGAACAGACAGAGUAUUCCAUCUACCACACAACAACGUUACUACAACGUAUCCACUUUACCAGCAGAAACAUUCUUCAACGGACCAACCUACCGAAGCGCAGCUCAGAGUAAAUAUUUAUUGCAUUUUCCUUUUCCAAAUGGGCGGUAAUUUAGAAUGCAUAAGGUACUGUAUUUACGAUAGCACAGCUUCGCCCUUUGUUCCUCAGUC